AUGGCAUCAUCAGAACUUGCAUCGAGGAUAGGGGGGGGAGGGGGCGCUCCGUGCGAAGUAGAGGAUGAGGGAUCCUCAGCUUCUCCGGCCGCGGCUGCUGCGUUGCCUCCAUUCCUGUCUCUGUCAGCAGCAGCAGCCCUCCCGCCAAAGCCUGUGCCAGCCGUCGAAGAUGCACCAGAAGUUGUACUGCGGGCCGAAGAUGCGCAUCACGAGGGGACAGGCGCUUUUGAAGCAGUUGCUGACAGAGGGGGCCUAACGAGGCUCCCAUCGACCCCUCCACCUCCCAAUGAGGGCUGCUACUGUCCUCCUGCCAAUGCGGCAGCAGCAGCAGCAGCAGCGUCAGCUUCGUCGAAUGCAAUUUCUGCGUCUUUGGAGGCUGCACUGUCCACCAAAAGAAGGUCUGCUGAUGUUGCACCCUUCACCACCGAAGCGCCUGAGGAGGCCCUGGGGGGGCCCCUGGGGCCCCCCAGUUCGGUUCGGCGUCUGCUUUCGCCAGCCGGGAGUUUCAUGAAUAUGUUGCAGCAGGCCGAGCAGCAGCGGGAGGAGGACGCCAAAGGGCAGAGGGGGCGUUUGGGGCUUAAUCUGCAGAAGGCGCAUGAGGGAGACACAGAUGAUCUCAUGCAGCAAGUGCUGAGGCUUUCGACAAAGGUCCAGGCACAAGAAGCGGAAAAGGUGGGGCGCUGUAGGGUCUAGAGGAUUCGACGCGUGAUGGCAGAGGAGAGCUUUCAGAUUGAGCAAAUCCUCAAGAGGCAGUACCAUGCGGAUAUACGGGCCAAGACAGAGCAGAAUCAGGAGCUCAAGCGGGCAAAUGAAAUCCUCAUUCAGCAACUGGAGACGCUGAAUGGGGAAUGUGAAGGCCUAAGAGGAGCAGUUGCUAUUGCUGAGGAGAUCCUUGAGGGCUUUUUUGAACGGCGAAUGCGGCCCCUUCCGAAGAUGCAGGCAGAAGUAAGUGAGCGGGGCCAGAUCGUGCAGUCUGGCCGUGGAGGUGUGUGCGUUGUAUGCGCGGGGUGUCUAUACCGGGGGCGAGGAUUUUCUUUCAUGAUAGGGCCUCCGUUUACUGAAACUGCCGUGUCUGUGAAGCGCCGACGUCAGGAGCAAAAGCGAGCCGCGCUUUUUGGUCUUGCGCUUUUUGUGCCUUUGCAGAAGACUGAGGCGAAUGGUAGAGUGCAAGGAGGCCUGUCUGAUACAAGGAUGCGGGCACUGUUUGCUGCGCUGAGUGAUGCCGUUCAGACGGAGGGAGAGGCUCUCGACGACGCCUUGCAGCAGGAGCUCCAGCAGCGCCUGCAGAAGGCGGUGUCGCUCUGCCGCGCCGCUUCGGCCGGCGCUGCUGCUGCUGCCUCUCUGUCUCCCAAAUUUAGGGAGCGGCCUUCGCAGCUUUGGCCAGAAGCAAGCGAAAGUCUGUACUUGUCAAAAGCCCCCUCAGCUACAGUAGAGCAGUCUGCAGCGGAAAGGGCGCCGUCCACCUCCGUAAUAGCUCAACUGGCGUCAGAAGGGCCACCUCCAGGCUCCUUUGAAGCAGCUGCGAAGGGGGAGGCCCUUGGCCACUCCGGCUCUCCUUCCCGUAGCAGUGAGACACAGCUGGAGAACCUUAAGGCUCAGAUUGAGCGGCUCAGAGAAAACCUUGGGACCUUUACGGAAGGUGUGCUGAAUGCGCAUCGAAGGCAUCUUCGCGCUCAAAAGCCGUGUGCAGCUCCAGCCCCACCCAAAGGGGUGCCCUCGGAGAAGGUCAGGCCGCUGGAAAUGGUGGAAACUCCUCUUCCCGAGACGCCGGCACGCCGCCCAAGGGCCCCCACUCCCGAGGAGAGCUCGCCGCCUUCGGAGCCGCAGCCGUUUCCUCCAGUUGAACGCGUCCGAGGCGCUGUGCUGCUGCCCGCUGCUCAAGUGCAGCUGCGGCAGAGGCAGCGUCAGAGCCUCUGCAGCGGGGAGGGUGGGGGCUGGAGGUACUGCAUGCCCCCCAGUGGGGGCUUGGGGCCCUGUGAGGCGUUCUGCGAUGGGGGUGCAGGGCCCAAGCCGGGGGUCGUCUUGCCGCCUCUGCGGCACCGGCAGCUCCACACCAGCGGGGGCCCCUCUUCUAGGCGCCGAGGCCCCCCGAGUGGUGGCUCUCACCCGCCUUCGGGGCCCCCCGUGGGGCUUCUCAAUGCGUCAGCGUCCGCGUCAACGCUCUUGCCGGCCUUGAAAUCUGCUUCUGCUGCGCCCGUGCGGCCCUCUAAGGGAGGGCUGGCGGGGUCUGUGUCUGCCGUGGAUCUUUCGGUAGUGGGGAGGCCCCUGGGCCCCCCCCCCCGCGGGGGCCCCUGCUGUACGACGUCGGGGUGCCCGGGCCGCGCCUACGUACAGUACCAGUACCUGCCCCCCACUGGGGGCGGUCUGCAGCAGGCCCCCGUAGUGGGGCCCCUCCUGCCGAGACGCUUGCACCAGCGCACUGCCUCUCCUGCAGCAGCUGCAGAGGGGGCCCCCUGCAGCGCCACAUCGCGCAGCAAUAGCAGCGGCAGCACCAGCAAAGUCUUCAGCCGCACGAGGCGCAGCUCCUCGCCCAUCAGGGGGAAGGCCUUUGGCAGCGGCAUGUCUGGGCAGGCCUCUGCGGAGGAGGCGGUGUGCCCUGCGGAUAUUCUCGCGAUCGAGUCAAAAGUGAGUUCCUCAGCAGCAGACAGUAAGGAGACGCUGGGGCCUCUGCGCGGCGCCAGCCUCAGGGCACCCACCCCUGCAAAGGAUAACUGGAGACCCCUUAGGCCGUCUGCAGCGGGGAGCCACCUGGGGGCCUACCCCGUGCACUGCGGCCUUCCUCCCCUCUACGCUAACACGCCCUCAAGAAAUCCCUCACCCUCUAGCGGGCUUAAGAGCGAUUGGGGAGGGCUCGGGCCCUAUGGAGAGCUUAGGCGAUGCGACAGCACCACUCGGCUAGUUCCUGCUGCGGCAGGCUACCAGGGGCCAGCGCCCACAGCAGCAAGGUUUGUUUCGCCCUCUGAGUUCUCCUUGCCUUCGAAUAGCCAGCCUCCACGAUCGGGCAGCCCUAUGAAGGCGGGAGGGCAACUGCGGCACAGUCUUCGCCUGCAGCUGCAGCAGCAAGGCUUCCCCUUGUCGCUCAUUUCCCCCUCCGUAGCAUCUGUAUCGGCCAAUCAGGGCCUCAUGCGGACCCCCAUUAACGCUUGCAGCCCCCUUCAGAGCCGGUACAUCUGUCCCACCGACAGGAGGCCCCCUCCUUUCUCCGCCGUGUCGACGGCUCGGGGGUGCUCUCGGGGGUGCCCCUCCCCAGGAGUCUCCAGAAUCGGGGGGCCUUGGGGCCCCUGCGGACUAAUAAGUCCCCUGUGUUACUCCAACCCUCCCCUAAGAAGCCCCACUAGCAGCAAUAGAAGCGGCAGUAACAUUCACAGCAUCCAGAGACAACGGCAGAAAGAAGAGGGGGCGGACUGGGUUCCUUCAAGGCCCUAA